UCCUAUGCACAGAUUUUAGGGUUUGACAUUCUCCUGAUGAAAAACUUGAAGCCUAUGUUACUUGAAGUAAAUGCAAACCCCAGCAUGAGAAUAGAACAUGAAAAAGAGCUGUCUCCUGGGGUGUUUGAAAAUGUCCCAAGCCCUGUAGAUGAAGAAGUGAAAGUAGCUGUUAUCAGAGAUACCCUUCGUCUAGUGGACCCUCAGAAACAAAAGAAAAAAGAUGUCCAACCUCAGACUUUGGAGCACGUGGCCGACGCAAAGGAAGAGCUGUUGGAUGCAGGACCACCAGCCAGGCCGGAGCACGAUGUCAGCACCACCACGGAGGCUGCGCUGCCCUCCCUGUGUCUCAAGCAGGUGUUUCCCAAGUACGCGAAGCAGUUCAACUACCUGCGACUCGUGGACAGAGUGGCUGCCUUGUUCAUCCGAUUUCUGGGUGUCAAAGGGACAACAAAGCUGGGGCCAACAGGUUUCCGAACAUUUAUAAGAAACUGCAAGCUGAGUAACAGCAAUUUUUCCAUGGCUUCUGUAGAUAUCCUAUACAUUGAUAUCACGAGAAGGUGGAACAACAUGGGAGUUGAUCACAAAGAAUCAGGGAUGUGUUGGCAAGCAUUUGUGGAAGCUUUCUUCUUCCUGGCUCAGAAAAAAUACAAGUCACUCCCACUUCCUGAGCAAGUGGCAUCACUGAUUGAUUUUUGUGAAUGCCAUCUAGCUGUUCUGGAUGAGAAGCGCCUGGUUUGCGGCCGGGGGAUUGUGGAGCGCCGAAAUGCACUAGUUACUUGCCCAACAGAUGGACUUCAACUUGCACCAGCUGCUCAUACACCCCUCCUGAAUCGCAUGGCUACAGCUAGUAAGCUUGCAGAUUAUAGAAACCAUCAAUAGUAACGGUGCUAUUUUAUCAGGGCAGAGCAGGGGGAGACUGAUGGAAUUGAGAAAUAAUUUCCAGGUAUGUACGAUAGGAGGUGAAACAGACUCUUGAGUUCCUCCAUCUGAUAGUCCCAGUUAUUUUACAGCUUUUUUUACACUAUUCAAAAAGUCUAUUGCAAGCUU